AUGCACAAUCCAGAAAUCGCAUUCAUCUCCGGCCCCAUUGAUACGGGGCCACAGGAGGAGUACUUCAAUCACUAUAUUCCACUCAUUAACCAGGCAAUCGAGCGCGGCGACACCUUCGUCAUUGGUCCCAUUCCAAGCGGAGUCGACGCAGAUGCCCUGUCCUACCUCCUCGCAUACCCUGUACCGCCCACUCAAAUCACAAUAUGUGUGACCCCUGCGGAAGAAGGAAUGUGGGGUAGUCGGUUUCGCGCAUCCGGAGUCAAUUUACGGGUUGUGGAUGGUCAUAUGAGUCGCGAGCGAGACGCGACAAUGACCAAUAUCAGUACAUAUGAUAUUCUACGCGUGCGCACAAAGACAGAGGCACGAGAAUUCUAUGGACGUCUCUGGCGGGAUGGAUAUGUGACCAAUACGGAGCGAAAUUGGAAGCGUCGGCGAGGGAUUGCUGAGGAAUUGAUUGUAGAUGCGGAGGAGAUCAAUCAAUCCGUGGGGAUGCCAUCAGUGAAUGAAAAGAUAGUUCCCCGCUCGGGAUAUCUUAAGGCAUUCUGUAGCUGUUGGAGUAGGUAG